AUGAGCGACUCACAACAACACCUCCCACUACUCGACUCUGCCUCAAUGCCGCAACGUAUCUCAAUGCAGGGCGCAGUUACCAUCCCUUUCCAAGACACAACGCUAUCAACACAACCAACCAUCUAUCGCACUUACAAUACCCGCUACAUCGGUCUCUUUGCUAUCGUCACCCUUAACAUCGCCACCGGGUUUGUCUGGCUCACAUACUCGGCCGUCCCCGCCCAAGCCAUGGCUUUCCUCAAUUGCUCUGGGUCCAUCAUCAACCUGACGUCGAUCCUGUACUUUAUUGCCUACGUCCUGAUGGCGCCCAUCUCAGGGUGGAUGUGCGAGCGACAUGGGAUCCAGCGGUCUUUGAUCUUUGGGGCCGCUCUGCAGAUUGUCGGGUCUUGGCUUCGAUUCCUGGGCACCUUGGUCGAUUCUGCUCCUGGACAGUCUGAAGGCCGUCUUGCUUUGACAUUGAUCGGUCAGGUCAUUGCAGCAGCUGCUCAGCCCUUCUUUAUGAACGUCCCUCCCAAGUACGCUGCUAUUUGGUUCACUGAGCACGAACGUGCUACAGCAACCAUGAUCGGAACCGUCUCCAACUCGCUUGCUGCUGCCUUGGCACAGCUGGUUAUUCCUGCCAUCACCACUGAUGCAGAGUCUGUGAAGAGGACCGUCCUGAUAUGCGCCAUCUUCUCCGUCGUUGCCCUCUUCCCAACCCUCCUCAUGGCCGAGCGACCCCCAACACCGCCCUCACCCUCGGCAGCCGAGGCAUUGUUGAAGACUAAAGAAGAGCCCUUCUUCAUCUCACUCAAGAAGGCCCUCAGCAACCCUCAGUUCCUGCUCAUGAUGCUCGUCUUUGGAACAUUCACCGCCUGCUUCACCUCCUUCACCGCCCUCAUUGCCCAGUUCACAGCCCCCUACGGCUACUCCUCCUCCGAGGCUGGCUAUUUCGGCGCUGCCAUGAUCUUCUCUGGCCUGCUCGGAGCAUCCAUCUCUGCCCCACUCCUCGACAAGUUCAAGCACUUCAGCGGCUUCUCCAAGAUCAUGGUCACCAUCUCCAGCGCAAUGUUCAUCGCCCUCAACUUCGCGAUCCGUAGAAACUUUUUCGGGGGGCUCAUGGCCACCUCGAUCAUCCUCGGCAUCUCGGGCUUCUCGGUCCUCCCUGCCGGUCUCGAGUAUGGUGUUGAGAUCACAUACCCCGUCACACCGGCUUCGUCGACUUCGCUACUGUGGGGAUUUGGUCAACUCUUGACGGUGAUCUUUUUGACCAUCUUGGGAGUUCUGCAGAAUAAUGAGUUGUCAGCGACGAAGGGGAUUAACCCGCCAAUGAUCUUUAUUGCAGUUUGGGCGGUUAUAUUUGGAGUCGUGCCUAUGUUCAUGAUCAAGGCGCAGUACCUGAGAGCCGACGCCGAGAAAGCCAUGCGUGAGCGCGAGAAAUCUGGUUACCAGCAGCAGGUUCCACAAGCGCGAGAGUGUUAG